UGGACUCCACUUCCACACACACACCGCGUUCCUGAUGGUUUAACGUGUCCCGGCUGGACGAGCAGAGCCAGGGGGAAAGACGAAGGAGCGAGAGGAACCACUACUCGGAUCUGCGCUGGAAAGAGAACCCGCCGGAAUAAGACGAUUUCCUUCUGUGGCACCGGAAUUAAAACCUUUCUUUUUGAAGUAUCCUGUCGGGGUUGGGAGUCUCCUGGCUCCACUGAGAGGUCACGACAUGGACGCACUCAACCAGUCGACCACGUUCACCUCAGUCUUCAACUCCAGCUGCCGCUUCGACGAGGAGUUUAAGUACAUCCUGCUGCCUGUGUCCUACAGCCUGGUGUUCGUGGUCGGCUUUGUGCUCAACGCUGCCGCCUUGUGGAUGUUCCUGCAGAUGCGUCCGUGGAACCCCAGCACGGUGUUCAUGUUCCACCUCGCCCUGUCCGACUUCCUGUACGUCCUCUCCCUGCCCACCCUCAUCUACUACUACGCCAACCGCAGCCACUGGCCCUUCGGCUUGGCCGCCUGCAAAAUAGUGCGCUUCCUCUUCUACGUCAACCUCUACAGCAGCAUCCUCUUCCUCACGUGCAUCAGCGUGCACCGCUACCUGGGCAUCUGCCACCCCAUCAAGGCCAUGACGCUGGUGAAGUCCCGUCACGUCCACCUGGUGUGCGGGAUGGUGUGGUGCGUGGUGAGUGUGUGCCUGGUGCCCAACCUCAUUUUCGUCACCACGUCCAGGAGGGACAACGACACCCUGUGCCAUGACACCACCAGCCAGCAGGCUUUCAACGAGUAUGUGGACUACAGCUCUGUGGUCAUGGUGCUCCUGUUUUGCGUCCCGUUCAUGGUCAUCGUGGUGUGUUACUUCCUGAUGGGGCGGACCCUGUGCCGGCCCAGGCGUGGAGUGUCUGGCGGCCAGAAAGGCAACGCCUCGCAUCAGAAAUCCAUCAAGCUCAUCAUCGUGGUGCUGGUGGUGUUCGCUGUGAGCUUCGUCCCGUUUCACAUCACGCGGACCCUCUACUACACCGCCCGCGUGUUGAAUCUGGACUGCAGAUUCCUCAACAUCGUCAACUUCACUUACAAGAUCACCCGGCCGCUGGCCAGUGUCAACAGCUGCAUUGACCCCAUCCUGUAUUUCCUGGCUGGGGAUCACUACCGCUCCAAAAUGAUGUCCGUACUGACAGGAAAAAGACGGACGAUGAGCAGCCAGACACCCGAACAGGCACAGACGCAGCUAAACCGCGGCCUUGCUCUGGCCUAUUGUAACUCAGCCCAUAAAGCUACAGGAGAGGGGCAGAGAUGUUGAUACAUCUUCAUUCAUGAGCACCUGAGAGGUCUGGGACUAGUUUGCAGGAAAAUGUACUUACAGUUUCUCUCCUGUAUAUUUCAGUAUUUGUGGUUAACGUGCAUCAAGAUCACAUUUCCCCUCCAUUCACUUUCUGUUAUGCUUUUAAAAUUAAGUUUAAAAGGAAGAGUAAACUAAACUCAGUUUGCAACAGACAGUAUUCUCACUGUCCAGUGUCCCUCUCUAUGGGAAAUGGUGCCGAUGCUGAAAAGAACUGGAGGAAUAGUAAAUGAACAGUUUUCAGACAUUCUUUGGGAGAAUGUGCACAGAAUCGGGUCCGGACUUUCUCUGGAGUUUGACUUUUAAACAUGAACCUCGCAACAGGAGACUCUCCGCUCAGAUGUGUUUACAACAUAUCAUCUCUGCAGCUUUCAGGUGAGGGCUGGUGCAGCAGGCAGAAUUAUGUCUAGGUGUAAGGCACCAUUUUUUCUUACAGAGAUAUUUGUAUUGUUUUCUCAACAUGCUCACUCCCUAGCUGUGAACCUAAGGAGGAUCACCUGCUGUGUUCUGACAUUGGAACAUUCUCUGGAGAAAAUACAGCCCAUCUGGACAAUGUCCUGAGAUUCAGUGCUUCUCUGAAAGCAGCGUGAGACAUGUGCUUUUCAUUAAAUCAGAUGUUUCGACAAGACGCCAGGACAAAGUUUUGAUUGGACACACACUGAUCACUUGAUAUCUUAAUAUUAAAGUCAAGGUUAAGUGUGAUAAAAACUUUACAGAGGCUGGUUCUCGUCUCAGAAAUUGAGAAAGUUAUGAUGAGACGAUCCUUCCUGUUUUUAUCAGCCGUGUCUGUGUGUUACUCAGAAACUGCAGCUCGAGCCAUGUGGCUCCUCUUCCAGCUGUUUUUGUCCUUCAGCGUUCACAGCUGCUGCCUCUGCUCAACCAUGAAGAAAAUAAGCAGUGGGACUGACCUGGAUAAGACAUAGCUUUUUUAUUUUUUUCUAUUUUGAAACCACCCACGCCUCAUUAGAGGGAUAAGGGAUUUUCCUUUCUCCCCCUUUCACCUUUGGGAUUGAUUCGUGGAAUUUAAAGGCCUUUUUCUGAUAUCCGAACUCUAAACUGCUACUUGAUAGUUUUGCAGCAUUGACAGUGAUUCACACAAGUUACUGUGGUUGUUGUCACAUAUCAUGAACUGAUAAUAGAGUGAAACUGUCUGUGAGAUCAUGGAAGUCUCAUUAUCAUCCUCAAUAAAAGAGAAAUGGAUUUGUAUGAAUUACUGUGAAACAAAAUGCAUCAUUUCUCUAAACUGUUCAUCUGUCGAGUGUCCACCUGCUGACACAUAAUCCUCAGGACAAACCAGCCUUCAGAGUCCUGGCACAGACCUAUCUUGUUCUGGAUCAGGGUGUUGCCUAGAUAAAUACUGCAACCAUGAGGAAACUGUUUAACCUGAACCAGUUAAGGAGGAGGAACUUGUUCGGACUUUCAUUUUCCCGGACUUUACUGUAAAGUUAA